CGGGCUUGUGCCAUGACACAGGCAGGCUGCUGGUUCAGAGAGGAGGAGAGGGGUGUUACACACUGUAGUCUCUGCUGCACAAGGAGGAAAACACUUCAGGUGAAGGAGUCCUUUUACACUGGAGCAACACCAGAAGACAUCAGAAGCAACGUGGAUUAAUUCAUUGGAUUCAGUGGAUUCAGUUAUGAGUGAUUGUGGAGAUCUGAGGGAUCCGGGUCCUCUCCAUGGAGUUGUUGUUUCAAAGUAUCUUCUCACCCUGAGGAACCCCAUCCGACCCAGAGCCCAGCGGUGAUGCUGGCCAUGCAGCGCUACAACACCUCGGCCAUCACUGCCACCCUUCCCCUCUGCAACCACACCCCCACGGUGCAGGAGCCCGGGGUGGAGGCCGUUGUGGCCCUCAACGCCACCCGCCCACCCAACAACCCCACGGCCGCCGGGCUCACCAUGAGUCUGGGCAUCCUGUUCAACGUGGUGGCCCUCAUCAUCCUCGCCAAGGCCUACAACCGCUUCCGGCGGCGGUCGAAGGCCACGUUCCUGCUCUUCGCCAGCUCCCUGGUGGCCACAGAUCUGGCAGGACACGUCAUCCCUGGAGCUCUCGUGCUCAGGAGAUACGUCUCCAGCUUUCGAGGCGAUCCCGCCAACCCGGAUGCGUCUUGUCUGUUCCUGGGCGGCUGCAUGGUGUUCUUCGGCCUGUGCCCUCUCUUCCUGGGCUGCGCCAUGGCGGCCGAGCGCUGCCUGGGCGUCACCAGGCCUCUGCUGCACGCUCGUCUGGUGACCACAGCACGGACUAAAGUGGCCCUGGCCCUGAUCUGGCUGCUGGCUCUGUGCGUGGCCCUCCUGCCCUUCUUCAGCCUGGGUGCGUACACGUACCAGUACCCGGAGGGGUGCUUCAUCAGGGUCUUCGGCCUGAUGUCCGCCACGCGGUCCUACGGUGGCUUCCUGGACGGGGACAGAGACACCUACAGGGGUCUGAUGGUGACGGGCGUCAGGAUGGCGACCUGCAACCAGAUCCUGGACCCGUGGGUCUACAUCCUGCUGCGGCGCGCCGUCCUCAGGAAGAUCUACCGCAUCACCAAAAGACAGGCCAGUCUCAAAGGGAGCACGUUCCGCUCCGUCCGCUGGGACCUCAGCUCCUUGCAGAACUCAGAGAAAAGCAGCACCAAGAAGAAAGGGGACCUGUCACCUAUCGCUUUUUGAGGGAUGCGGCUCUGUUUCUUGGACCCUCGCUGAGCCCCCAGCGGUCCAUCAUCUGCUUGAGAUUCUUUAUUAGGAAUGACCCCUUGAGUUCAAGCUCAAGACCUCUAUAGCCUAUUCUUUGCAAGAAGUUGACAUGCAGUACAUGACAACAAAGACAACAACAUUGAUUAAAAAAACAGGAUCUGACCAAAUGGUAGGGUGACCAGACGUCCGCGGUUUCCGGGGUCAGUCCCCGGUUUUGGUGACCUGUCCCCGGCUGGAUCUGUCCCCGGAAAUGUCCCCGGAUUUCACUGUGACCGACAGACCCAACACACGCAGGCUCAGA